AUGAGUGGGCCGCUGGAUGCCAUGGCGGCUGGCGAGCAGCUCAUGCAGCUCGACCAGGCCAUUACGCUAACGCUGCAGGAGAUUGACGAGAAUUUUGCACGCGCACACCAGGUCGUGACGGCGCGCAUCUUGCCGGCGAUGCGCGACUACGAAGCCUCGUGCUCUCAGACCUGGCAGGCCGCGCGUUUCUGGAAGCAGUUUUUUGAGGCGUCCGCCCAAGUGUCUUUGACGCAGCAGCCACUGGCGGAGCUGGAUGAUACGACCUCGAUGUAUGAGCCCGAGCAGGGGAACUCGGCGGUGCACAGCGGUGCCGAGCACAUGACACGCGAUAGCGACGAGAUGCUCUCGCCGCCGCGGCUGAGCACGAGUCGCUAUGUACCGCACAGCCAAGGCUCAUCACUUGAUACGCCAUUUGAGCGCCUCCGACGCGAUGUGGAAGCGAGUCGCGCAGAAGACACGACGCAUUCGCAGGUCCUACCGGCCGCGGACCUCUCAGUGGCGAAUGAUCCGUCCAUGGCGGUGAGUGAUGUGCCGCGCUCAUCGAGCCCCCUCAAGGCACGGCGCCGCCUGUCAGCACGCCCGCGCGUGAGUGUGGUGCCUGGCCAGGACGGCGUCCCAGCCAAUCCGUUUGCGACCGGCGACACGGUGCGCAUGUGGAAUGGCAUUGCCGACUUGCGUCGGACGCCCCUGCGUGCAGAGCGGGCGGCUGGCGCCACAGAUGACGACGACGACGACACGUCGCUGGCUCUGCCAGAUGGCAUGUCGCCGCCCGUCACGAUGCAGUUCAGUGUACCGCCCAGCACGUACCUGAAGACGCCGGCGCGCGAGGCGGCGCGGCGCGUCGUUGAUGACCUGCUGCGCUCGGUCGGCGCGGAGGACACCGAUGCAUCGGCAGGUGAGGUAUCGCUGCGCCCACCUCCCAGCUCUGCACGCCGUAAAAGUGUCGUUGAGACGCCAUUGACCAAGCGCCGCACCUCGACACUCCAGCGUCGCGACUCGCUGCCUACGCCGCCGACGAUCACGAAAGUAUACCCCCCACCGGCCGAUGCUGGGCGCAGCGACGGGACGAUGCACAGCCGCGCCGGGAAGCUGCUGGACGAGGGCGAAGGGUGGCCACCGGAGCUCGCGCCGUCCCCUGCCACCAAGGCCAGCACGCUCGAUGCGAUGCUGGCGGACGAGGACGACGAGGACGACGAGCCCGUGGCGCCGCCGCCGUCGACGGGCCACAGUCGCUCGAUCGAGGACGACACCUUGUUUGGCUUGGGAGCGCGGCGCACACCCUCGACCGCGCCAACGCCGACGACGGGCGGGCGUGCUCUCUCAAGUGCGGUGCGGCGGUCCAGUGCAGAGAGGCGUCUGCUCGGUGACUACUGA